GAUCAGUCGAGUUAAUUGUUACUGGAGCUACGAGCGAGCGAAAUGUUGUGUUGCCCUUGUUUCCCCUUUAGGAAGCGCAAGAAAGUCCGUCUAGAGCCAGUGCCAGAGGUGGCGAUUCCCAGACCUCAGAGGGUCCGCCCGAUCCUCAGGAGGCUGAGGAAGUUCCUGAAAAAGGAACAAGCCCUUGUGGCAGAGGGCUCUGUACGGGAGCCCCAGACAACAGGGUCAGAGGUCACCCCUCACAUCCCCUCAGAGGUCUCGGCCAUUCCGAUCACACCUAGUCCAAAUGCCCUUCAAGAGACCGAGAAGGAGGAGACUAAGGUGAUCAAGGCCAUCCUUCAUGAGGACCCUGUUAAAAUGGAGGACCUCGAGGGAGAGGAGGAGACCAACUCGUCCCUUGUGCCUGCAGUGCUUGGGCCCUCCUCCAGCUCCUUGGAACGCUGUGUGACCCAGCUGAUGGGGCAAGACGUUGCCAAGAGGGAAAGAUCAUCAAGGGGCAGAAGCCCCUCUGCUGCAUUAACUGCCCCAGACAAUAGUGUUGCCCUCCUCCAACCUCAGCAGCUGAAGUGCAGAGGGCUGCCCAACCUGGGGCAUACCUGCUACCUGAACGCCACACUGCAGUGUCUGCUCCACCUGCAGCCUCUCUGCACUCAGCUGCUGGUGCAGGAGGAGGUGUGGAGGAUGGAGCCAAAGGCACUGCUGCUCGGUUCGUUUGUAGGACUGGUACUCCUCAGAGGGUCCUUUGAAAUGGACAUGAAGGCAGCUGUACUACUGGAGCUCAAGGACCAAAUCUCCCUGCACAACCAGGAGUUUGAGGGGAACUCGCAGAACGGGAGAACCUAGCGAUGACUUAGCAAUGUACACACAUGCACAUACCAUACAUAUGUGCACGCUACAGUUAUUCGUUUAUCAAACCCGGGAUCAUGGUGUGGUUAUGCCAGCUGUGGUUGAGGAGCAAUGCUGCCUCUUUUAUUAUUAGGCUUGUGUGACAUGUAUGGAUAUUCAUCUGUUUGUGUGUUUUAUAUCUGCAUUUAUGAGUAGGACGCCCAUGAGUUCCUCUCAGAGUGUCUACUGCGGCUGAGGGUCAUCGGCCAGGCACUGGCCAUGGGCGACAUGGCCUACCAGUGCCCAGUGGACACUCUGCUCUCCUUCCAGCUCCGGUAUAUAAGAACUUGCCAGAGCUGUGGAGUUGAGAGCAUGAGGGAUGAGGUUAACACCAUGCUCUCCCUCGACCUGGUUGUACAGGGAUCGAUAAGAGACAGCCUCCAGCUCUUUUUCACUGGUGUUGAUCCUCCACCUCAAGAGGUUCUGUCCCCUGACCCUCACCAAACAACACCAGGCGGUCACACUGGACCCCAUUCUGGACCUGAGGACACUAGGGGAAAGGAUUGAAGAUGUCCUUAGGACGCCUCCUCCAACCAGAGGAAGGAGAGGGACAUUAUACCUUAAUAAAUGUCCUUAGCCACAUUGGCUCAGAUACCACCAGCGGCCACUACAUGGCCGACUGUGAGGAACAGCCAGGCCAGUGGGUCACAUACAGUGACCACUGUGUCUCAGUGAAAGCUGAGGAGGCCGUCCUCAAAGACAGGGAGAGGAUGGCCUACAUACUUUU